GUCCAUUUAGUCUUGAAUUGUUUGGUUUCGAUUCUUCUUACAAAAAAAAAAACUUUGUCAAUUCGUUUUGUUUCUUCACUCACAAAACGAUAAGAGAGCUUGCAAGUUUCCAUUUGGAAUUUAGCAAAUAAUUGCUGGUGAUCAAAACAUGGGUACGUCCGUGUCUAAGCCGGUUUCUGAUGAUAAGAAAAAAGGUACGUCAGUGUCUAAGCCGGUUAAAAACAUUGUUCUAGUGGGGCGUUCUGUCAAUGGAAUAUGCACCACUGGGAACAAUAUCCUCGGUCAAAACAAGUUCGGCUCCGAAGGUGCUUUCAUGCACUGUCAGAUGUAUAGUACCACGACACCAGAUGGUCAAAUGAUCAAUGUAAUUAAAACUCCUGGUAUGUUCGAUUUGUCUGUGUCCGAAGACUACAUAAGUAAAGAAAUAAUCAAUUGCUUAACUUUAGCAGAAGAAGGCGUGCAUGCUGUGUUGUUUGUUCUAUCUAUGAAGAAUCGGAUCACACAAGAGGAAGAGUAUGCACUUAAUACCCUACAACGUAUAUUUGGGAGUAAAAUCCUUGAAUAUUUGAUAUUUUUGCUCAUUGACGGGGAAAAGUUUGAGGCGAAGGAGUUCGAAGAUUAUUUUCCCGAAUGUUGUCCUGAAUUUCUUAUGAGAGUUCUCAGGUUCUGCAAUGGCCGAAAGGUCUUGUUUAAUAACAUGACUAAUGAUGAAGGCGUCAAGGCUGAACAAGUCAAUCAGGUUAUGGCCCAUGUUGCAGCAAUUAGCAAGAAAAAUGAUGAAAAACCAUAUACUGAAGAUAUGUAUCGUAAUAUAAAGGUAAACACAUUUUUCUCUCUAAUUGCAUUCAUUUAA